ACACCCGCAUCAUGGCCGGCUGCAGUCGUUUACUAGUGUUACUACUAGUAACUCUAGUUAUCGGCACGACGAUUGCUCAGGAAAUCGCGUUUGACGACGAUACUUGCGGCCGACAGCAGGUCUCGUUAGAAGGUUUAGUCAAAGGAGGUUUCAAGGCUCGUGCUGGCGAGUGGCCAUGGCACAUAGCCCUGUUUCAUCGCAUCGGAACUAGUGAAGAUUUUACCUAUCAGUGUGGCGGAAGCUUAGUGCAUAAAUACUUGGUCGUAACCGCUGCCCAUUGUGUAACACUGCGAUCGAGCAGGAAGCUGAAAAACAUUGCCGAUCUACUAGUGAAAGUAGGUCGAUUCAACAUAUCGGAAGAACACGAGGAACAGGGACGGGAGCACACGGUGGAGAAGAUUGUGACGCACCAAAGUUAUAGACCGAUAACGUAUGAAAAUGAUAUUGCAAUCUUGAAGCUGGAAAUUCCCACUAUUUUCACACCAUUUGUUCAGCCGAUAUGCUUGUGGAAGCGUGAUGAUGGAAUAGUGUUGCCAAAUAUUUUUGACCUUAUCGGAACGGUGGUCGGUUGGGGAUUAACGGAUGCCAAUAAGACGUCUUCGUUGUUAAACACAGCUAGGAUGCCGGUUGUGUCCACACAUGAGUGCUUGCAGAGUGAUCGCAAUUUUUUCGGGCGAGUUUUGUACUCUAAGGCGUUUUGUGCCGGAUUCAAGAAUGGAACCGGAGUUUGUAACGGUGACAGCGGUGGUGGAAUGUAUUUUCAGCAUCAGGGUCAAUGGUAUUUGCGUGGUAUAGUUUCUUUCAGCAGUGUUCUAAGUGAGUCCAGGAUAUGCGAUCUCAAACAGUUCGUAGGCUUUGCCGAUGCCGGUCUGUAUCUGGAUUGGUUAUACGAAAACGCACCGAUUAGCGAAAACAGCGAUCCAAUACUUGGUCACCCGAAUGUUCGCCUUAUCAAUCAAGGUGAUUGUGGAAAGAAUGAAUAUGAAAUCGAUUUCCCGGAGGAGAGAAAAGCUAUUAUACAGCAGUAUCUAUGGAUGGCACAAGUGCGCCAUCCUUUCGAACCCGCGAGCUAUGUGCCGUGCAACGGAGUUUUGAUUAACAAAAACUAUAUUCUGAGCACUAAAUGUGUCGACUGGAACCAGCCAGUGUCUGUUACUUUGGGAGAUUAUAUCACCAGUCAAACACGAGAUUGCCAACAACGGAACGACGACCAAUACUUUUGUCUAGAUCCAGCUCAAAUCGUUAGCGUUUCGGAGUUCUAUCAAAAAGACGAGUUGGUUUUGGCGCGUCUUUCUUCACCGGCUUACAUUGGCCUUCGAAAUCACAUAAAAGCCGUCUGCCUGCCGAUUACUCCGGAACAACGGGAACAAGUUUACCCGAAGUACAUUCUGACCGGUUGGAAGGAGUCGGGCAAUGAUUCACAGUACCUGCAGCGUCAGAUAGUUGAUGCCAUUAGUUUGCAAACUUGCCAAGAGGAGCUGGCGCCCCGACAGUCAGUCAGCAACUACACAAUUUGUGUACGCAACGCUGAGGACAAAGCGAAAUCUCCGUCUUGCAACGACUAUCAGCGCGGAACGGCGAUUCAGGCUGUCGAAAAACCAUCUAAUCGGUACUUUUUGUACGGUAUUCAAACCGGGAUUUCGUACUGCAGCAGGCCCGAGCAAUUUAUUGCGGUUGCCAAAUAUAUUGAAUGGAUUCUGGACAAUUUGAGACCUUGAGAUUAGUGCGGCAAUAUAAUGGAAGAACUUCAAAGAAA